AUGGAAGAUGACGAAGACGAAACUGACCAGGAUAGCGCGAGUGAGAUGGGCGAUGACAAUGAAAACGACAAGAACGAGCAGGAAACCAGACCGAUUUUCAGUUUGCGGGUUCUAAAGUUUUAUGCUCAGCUGUACAUCUUUGCAACCAAGUACCUUUACGAGGAACUCCGGGAGUGCGCUCGCCACUAUAUAUGGGAGAUUCUGGAAGAAGAUGUUAAUCACCGUAAAAACGCGCCUGAUUAUUUAGACUUUCUAAAUUAUGUCUUUGCACACACGUCGUGCACCGAACCUGGUGGAAGCUCGCUGCUGCGGUUUACAGUUGUCAGUUUCAUUUCUGAUUACCUGACCUAUGCUGACGACGAAGUACCUUUCGAGGAGCUCUUUCUAUCCGGGGGAGAGAUUACUCGUGAUGUGGUAUAUAGUUUGCUAGAAUCUGUAAAUGACACUAGGAAAAAGACUGGGUGUAGGUAA